CAACGCCAAUAACUAACUCUCUAACAAACCAGCACCGUCCGUCAAUCCCACCGCGUCCAACAUAAGAACAACAACGAAAUUUCGUUUUCUAUUUCAGAGGUGGACCUACUUCUUCUGAUUGAUUUUCUCCAUUUGGGUUCCCCUCUCACGCGUUUGUUUGUUGCACAAUCGCGAUGCUUAACGGCCAUGGAUGGUUGAUCUUCUCCAAGCCAAAUGGAGUAUGAAGGCACUGGUAAAAACGCCGUAUCCUUGAGAUCUUCUGUGGCCGCGGUGCUCGAGGUGGAGGACGACGACGGGGACAUGACGCUUGCUCAGUUGUCCAGGAACCCCCGGGACAGGCUUGCUUCCUCCUCGGGUAAAACGCGGAAGCAAAUGGAGGACAAUCCGAUGCUUCAGAAGGUUAAACAGAGACUUGCGGAUUGGAAAACUAGCCAUGCUGUAACGGGUCCUGGAGGGAAGUUUAUGAGCUUUGAGCAAAAUAAGGCAGCAUAUGAGGAGCAAUGCUCACCUGGGGAAUUCAAAUCGUCCGCUGUGAUGCGAGCACUUGAGGUUCGAUCAAAAUUGGAACAGGAAUUUCCUAGCUUCGUGAAGUCAUUGGUCAGAUCACAUGUUGCUAGCUGUUUUUGGAUGGGGCUUCCUGCGGUAUUCUGCAAGUCAUACUUGCCAGUAAGAGAUAGUACAAUGAUCUUGGAAAAUGAAGCUGGGAGACAAUUUCAAGUAAAAUAUAUCGCACAUAAGACGGGGUUGAGUGCUGGAUGGAGACAAUUUUCUGCUGCACACAAGUUACUUGAGGGUGAUGUUCUUGUCUUUCAACUGGUAGCGCCCACAAAAUUUAAGGUUUAUGUUAUAAGGACAUGUGAUGUGACAGAAAUGGAUGGUAACCUUGGCCUACUAAAUUUGGAGUCUCACACUAAACAAAGUGAUGCAGGAAAAGAUGCUGAAAAUAAGGGAGACGCGGCUGGCGACAUUUCGAUCAAGAAACGAGCGAAGUCUGGUGUACCCGACACGACUGAAAGGCUGAGAAAUCCAAGCCCAUUGAGGUCAAGACCAAGGCAGCAGGUAGCAGCAGAGCAUUCUGAACAUACCAGUGAAGAGGUUGUCUCAGAAAUAGUGGAGGUUUUCAGCUUCUAUCAGCCUGCGAUUCCAUUUAAGAAAGUCAAAAGCUUCGAGGACUUCAACAUUGUAAUCGAUGGGAUAUCCAUAAAUGCAGAACUGCCAAGAGACCUGCGGAAGAGGUAUUAUAAACUUUGCUGCAGUCAGGACAUGUUUCUCCAUGAAAAUCUCAUCCCAGGCAUGAACCGCAACUUAGUCACCGGAGUUAUUUCCGAAACAAUAACCAUCGCCAACGCCAUUAAAGCUUGCGACCUCUCUACUUCACGGGAGGAGUUUUCUUCAUGGGACAAAACCCUCCGAGCCUUUCAGCUCUUCGGUAUGAAUGUUGGGUUCUUACGUAAUCGUCUCCAUAGGCUGGCGAAUCUUGCUUAUGAGUCGGAGAAUGCGUUGGAUGUAAGAACGCUGGUAGAUGCUAAAAAUGACCAAGUGCAUGUGCAUGAUGAAAUCAGAAACAUUGAGACAAAGCUUGUUGAGUUGAAGGAAGCUUGUGAUAAAUUUGGAGCUGCCAUCGAUGGCUUAGAGUCAAAAGCUGAGGUGUACAAGUCCAAGUUCCUGGAAGAAGUUUCUGCUCCAUGGUAAUAUAACCCAUCAUAAUUGUUUACAUUUUUUUAUUUCUUUUUCUUUUUUUGGAUUCUUAAAUAAUGCUUUGUGCUUCUUUUUAUUUAACCAACAAGAAUCUUUGCUACCGUGGAAA